AAGAGGCUGCUAAGAAAAUUGCAACUGUUCAAUGCUCCAACAACACUAUAUCUGAUCGGAUACAUAAAAUAUCGGACCACAUUGAAGAUCAACUAAUAAACCGGUUGAAAAGUUGUAACAUGUUUGCUAUUCAACUUGACGAAAGUACUGACGUUGCUGGACUUUUAAUACUGCUUGUUUUCGUGAGGUAUAUUUUUGAAACAUCUAUCGAAGAAGAUUUAUUGUUUUGUACUGCUUUGGACACAAAUACCACAGGUGAAGAAAUUUUNUUUCCUACCCCGACCGUAAAGGUUUUCGGUGGCUCGAUCUUCUUGAGCUUCUCAGCCUUUUCUUUCCUCUUAAGCACGUCUGAUUUUGCUUUUGAACUGGUCUCGGUUCCCGAGUCCGUUCCUGAGGUCAGGUUGUGCUUCCUAUUUUUACUCUUUCUCUUCUUUUUCCUUCUUAAAACGGUGAAUUGGUCCGAUGCAUCUGCCUCCGUGUCCGCUGUGUAA